GGGGCCGGGAGGUCGCGUCGGUCACGUAGUCCCUGCCUCCCUCUCCCACUUUCCAGGUGUCAGGAGGGGUCAGCAAGAUGACUGCGUCCUGCUCAGGCAUGCUUCACACUGCUCGCAUGUUAAGCUUGAAGAAGCUUUUUUCCCUGUGAAGUAUAGAAGGCACGUUAUGAAACAGGAAGGACUCUGAAUGAUUCAAAUUGUCGAAAGGGACAUUGGCUUCUAGUGAAAAACAGGUCUGGUUCCUGAUCCUACCCAGCCAUUUUCUUAAUCACGGAAACGGAGAUCAUGCCGAUCGACCUGUACUACGUGCUGGCGAGUCCGCCGUGCCGAAGUGUCAUGCUUCUGGCCAAGGAUUUGGGCGUGAAACUGAACUUGAAGCUCAUCAAUCCCCCGGCGGGUGAUGCCCGCACUCCCGAAUACCUCAAGAUCAAUCCGCAGGGCACGAUCCCAGCGAUGGACGACGACGGAUACAUCCUCUGCGAAAGCCGAGCUAUUCUGCGAUACCUGAACAAUAAGUUCGCCACGGACGAUAGAUUGUAUCCCCUGGACCUGAAGGCGCGUGGAAUGGUGGACCAAAGAUUGGAUUUUGACUGCGGUUCCUUCUUUCCUGCCUUUCUCAAUUGCGUACGACCAGUGUUUUUUGGAUUGACAAAGACAGUAAGCGAGGAGAAAAAGGAGAGAAAUAAGGAGGUGAUGGGCUUGCUUGACAAGUUCCUUGAGACAUCUGGAGGAUACGUGGCCGGGAAACACCUCACCCUCGCUGAUUACGCCUUCGUCGCGGUUGCCGUUUCUUUCGAGGCGUUCGUUCCCAACGGAUUGCAGAUGCCGAUCGACCUGUAUUGCGUGCUUGGGAGCCCCCCGAGCAGGAGCGUGCUCUUGCUGGGGAAGGCCUUGGGAUUGGAGUUCAAUCUGAUCGAGACCAGCCCGAUCACUGGUGCCACUCGGACUCCCGAAUAUCACAAGAUGAAUCCUCUGCAUACCAUCCCCACUAUCAACGACGAUGGAUUCGCGCUCUACGAAAGCCGGGCGAUUUUGCGAUACCUGUUCAACGCCUACGGGAAGGAGAAGGACGAGCACCUGUACCCCAAGGACCCUAAAGCCCGAGCCAUCGUCGAUCAACGCCUGGAUUUCGACAUCGGGACUCUUGCCGCGAAGGCGGCAGCCUGUUCGCGGCCGAUCGUGUUUGGGAAUGCGACGUCGAUCUCGGAAGAAGACAAGAAGAAUCUGAAGGAGGCCUUGGAGAUCCUGGAUGGAUACAUCGAGGCGUCCGGCGGGUAUUGCGCCGGGAAGCACCUCACUCUUGCGGAUAUUUCCAUCAUUUCAGUCAUCUCCAGCAUCGAGGCGGUUGGAGUCCUGGACCUGUCCGAGAUGAAGCACCUGAGUGCAUGGCUGGCUAAAUGCAAGACCGAAAUGCCUGGCUACGAGGAGGCCAACGGAAGGGGAGCCGAAGUGUUUGGCCACUAUCUUCGCAGCAAGAUGUCUGAUUGAUGCCCUCUGCUUUUUGUCGUGCUGUCUGUGAGCGCUAAUAAAAAAAUAUGGCAU